CCCUGAGCCUGAACAUGCAAAACCCAAAAAACCCGAGCACAAACAUAAUUCACAAAAACCAACGAUAGUACCGCAAUCGCUGAGGCCCCUUAGAAGGUCGCCCGAGCAUUUCAUCCACCGCGAGGAAGAGCCGCCGCCACCGUAUCAAUAUCUAGAAACAGUUCAAGGACUGAUGGGAAAGGGUAGCGAAACGACGGCCAUGGAAAUUGACGCUUCAAAAUCUACUUCCGAUCAGAUCAAUCCCAGAUUUUCUAUCAAUGUGUUGCAGCUCCUGAAGUCUGCGCAGAUGCAGCAUGGGUUGCGACAUGGUGACUAUGCGCGUUAUCGGAGGUAUUGUACUGCUCGGCUGAGGAGGUUAUACAAAUCAUUGAAGUUUACUCAUGGACGCGGUAAAUACACUCGUAGAGCUAUAACUGAAUCCACCGUUACUGAAGUGAGGUUUCUGCAUCUGGUUCUCUAUUUGGCGGAGAGAGCUUGGAGCCAUGCCAUGGAGAAGCGACAACUUCCAGAUGGUCCAAAUGCUCGACAACGGAUCUAUCUUAUUGGGAAACUGAGGAAGGCAGUAAAAUGGGCUGAUCUGUUUGCACGGUUGUGUGCUACCAAGGGAGAUUCUAGAACAUCUUUGGAAGCUGAGGCGUAUGCUGCCUAUAUGAAUGGAAAUUUGUUGUUUGAACAAGAUCGGAAUUGGGAUACUGCAUUAAAGAACUUCAUAAGCGCCAGAGCUGUGUAUGAGGAACUUGGGAAAUAUGGAGACCUAGAGAAUCAGCUUUUAUGCCGUGAGCGGGUUGAGGAGCUGGAACCUAGCAUUCGUUACUGCCGGCACAAAAUUGGUGAGUCAAAUCUUCAAACAUCUGACCUCCUACAAAUUGGUGAGAUGGAAGGGCCUGCAUUGGACCUCUUCAGAGCUAAGUUGGAGGCUGUUAUGGCUGAGGCAAGGUCCCAACAGGCUGCUUCUUUGACAGAGUUUCACUGGCUUGGUCACAAAUUUCCAAUAUCUAAUGCAAAAACUCGGGUUGCCAUUUUAAAAGCUCAAGAACUAGAGAAGGAUUUGCGUGGCCCAACUGCAGAUUCUCUCCCAGCAGAGAAAAAAUUAGCUAUUUUUGAUAAAAUUUUUACUGCAUAUCAUGAUGCUAGAAGCUCCAUUCGCAGUGACUUGGUCAGUGCAGGUAAUGCCGAUAGUGUAAAAGAUGACUUAAGUGGCCUUGAUAAAGCAGUUAGUGCUGUACUAGGACAACGGACGAUUGAGCGUAACCAGUUGUUAGUUACCAUUGCAAAGAGUAAACUUACUAGGGGCCGUGAUGACAAAAAUGAGAAAGUUACCAGGCCUGAGGAGCUUGUUCGCUUGUAUGAUCUAUUAUUACAGAAUACAUCUGAUCUUUCUGACUUAGUUAGUUCUGGAAGAGAUACAAAACAUGAGGAGGUUGCAUUCUCAGAAGAAUGUGCAGUUAGAAAUUUGGCUUUCCGAGCUCAAAGGUGCUUCUAUGUAGCAAAGUCCUACAGCUUGGCUGGGAAGAGAACAGAAGCAUAUGCAUUAUACUGCCGAGCUCGUUCCCUUGCUGAGAAUGCCUUACAGAAGUUUCAGUCUCUCAAUAACUCUGAUGAGAUGAUGAUGAAAGAGCUGAAGACAUUAUACAAUGAUUGCAGAUCUAAUAGUUGCAUAGAGCAUGCAUCAGGAAUUUUGGAGGAAGAAAAAGCUCCAGAGAAACUGUCGGAAAAAGUUUCUGCAAUAUCAUUAAGUGGGGGUGACAAGAAGGUGGAAAAAUUCCUUCUUGAGAAACUUGACGCCUAUGAGUCUGCAGUUGGGAAUGCAAAUGUGAAAGCUCCUCCUCGCAUUGAAGUCUUUCCCCCAGCCUUCCAGUCAAUAUCUCGAAAUCCUAUCAUUCUAGAUCUUGCUUAUAAUUAUAUUGAUUUCCCAUCUCUAGAGAACAGGAUGAAGAAGGACAAGAAAGGCUUUAUUAGUAGGCUCUGGGGAUGAGUCUUGUAGGAGGCAGCAUAGCAUUAACCGAGAAAACCAGGAAAAAAGAAAAAGCAAAAUGGAUUAUGUGACAAGGCAUUGGAGGUGCUUCCCUUGAAGUUAGCAGCUGAUUUUGUAAUUGUAUUUAUUUCGUUUCCAUGAUGGUAUUUCUUUUGAAUUUUGGAUAUUUGAAAAUUUUUGGGCUUUUUCGUUUUUGGCAAAUUUUAAUGAAAAAGAUGAAGUAUAACAAAGUUCUGGACCA